AUGGCAUUGCCGAUGGCGCUGAAGAAGAAGAAACCUGUUAUUUGUCUCCGACACCUUAUCUACUGCUUACUAGCUAUGCGAUUCUUUGCUCGUGCCUGCGCUGAUAAUUCAAAUCCACUAGUGCUGUCGCUGCUUCGUGCGCAAGAUUACCUGUAUUUGCCUCUGCCUCUGACGAGCUGGGCGCUGUCAACGGCGACACGGUGCAAUGCACGAAGUGCGUCAUGGGCAACCAUAAACUGCGAAAUCAGCAAGUCCCGGCUCCCCCCUUACAGGCCCAUAACCACCUCACAUCCUCCCCCGAGGCCCCACUCCAUCAUCUUCUCCAACGACUCCAGCACCUCAGACUCAGGCUUCAGCUUCUCCCAACCCACACCCGCCGUUAUGAUGGCUAGGAGAAUACGGACUCUAUCGACACAGUCAUUCACCAAAAGCCCAGGGACGCCUUGCACUGCCGCAAACGAUGGCGCCAUCCAUACAAAGGCCUCGCGAAAGCUAUCGCUCGUCGCACAAUGCCUCAAAACUCGACUGUUCGCCGAGCUCGAGCCCACGACGCUACACUCGCGGUACUUCGCCGAGUCUGAGAUGGCCGAGUUCGUGUCGCACAAGCCUUUCCGUGACUUCAUCGAAGCCAACGGGAGUAGGUCUUAUGUUGACGCCUGGAACGCGUUUGACAUGACUGGUUUGCCUGACGACUUCAUGUCCGUUCCAGUUGAUGAUACUCCUAAUACUCAUGUCCCACUUCGUCUCAAUCCUGCUCGGAAUCCAGCCUGGUCCUCCCUCAUCGGCAAGAAUCAUGACAUCACCAAGCACUGGCUUGCGACCAAUAUCCGUCUUGCGAGCGUCUGGCGAGGACCGGGCGCUAGAGCCUGA